AUGGCAGAACAAACAUCCCCUUCAGACUGCUCUCACGUCAUCGAUCACAGUCACGUCCCCGAGUUUGAGGUUUCUCCUUGGAUCAAGAUCACUUUGGCCUUCAUCUACUUCCUUGUCUUUGUGGCGGGGAUCUUGGGCAACAGUGUCACUAUCAAGACCACCAGAAUCCUGCAGAAGAAAGGCUACCUGCAGAAAGAGGUCACGGAUCAUAUGGUGAGCCUGGCCUGCUCCGACUUGCUGGUCAUCCUGCUCGGCAUGCCCGGUGAGUUCCUCAGUGCCAUAUGGAGCCCUUUCUCUACCCCUAAUGGCAACCUGGUUUGCAAGCUCUACUGCUUCCUUUUUGAAGCCUGCAGCUAUGCCACUGUGCUGCACGUGGCCACUCUCAGUUUUGAGAGGUAUGUUGCUAUCUGCCACCCCUUCAAGUUCAAGGCAGUCUCUGGACCCCGCAAGGUGAAGCUGCUCAUCGCCUUUGUCUGGGUCACGUCUGUUGUCGUGGCUCUGCCCCUGCUCUUUGCUAUGGGCACAGAAUAUCCCCUGGAAAUCAUCGAGGGCUACCGAGGUGCGACUGCCUGCAUCAAGCCUAGGCACCAUGUCCCUGAACUGAGGCACAACAUGACAAUCUGUACCAGCCUCUCCUCCAAAUGGCCUGUCUUUCAGGCGAGCAUCUUCAGCGCAUUCGUUGUGUACAUCAUCGUGCUGGGGUCUGUGGCCUUCAUGUGCCGCAGCAUGAUGAAAGCCCUGAUGAUCCACAAGAAAGGAACUGUUGCAGUGAAGGGUGAAUAUGGAUACCAGGAGCAGCAUCUAAGGAAAAGCGAAAGUUCAGAGAGCAAGAACUCCAGGAGACAGAUCAUUUUAUUCCUUGGACUGAUCGUUGCAACUCUGGCAAUAUGCUGGAUGCCAAACCAGGUUAGAAGGAUCAUGGCUGCUGUCAAACCGAAGCAGGACUGGACUGUCCCCUACUUCCGAGCGUACAUCACUCUUCUUCCCAUUGCCGACACUUUCUUCUACCUGAGCUCAGUGGUGAACCCCCUCCUGUACAAUGUCUCCUCGCAGCAGUUUCGCAGCGUGUUUCUGCAGGUCCUUCGCUGCCACCUGACCAUUGAGCACGCCAACAAGGAGAAGCUUCGGAGGGCCAAUCUCAACUCCAGAGCAAGCAGCGGCCGGUCUCUACGCCCGCUGAUCUUCAGAGCAUCGAAGCAUGCUUCUUCUACAAGGAGCACUCACAAAGUUUUCUUAAGUACUUUUCAGAAUGAAACCAAGCCUGACUGCAGUCCAGAGAAACCAAGUCUUGAAUCAGUGGAGCCCAAUUUGGAAGUAAUGCCGCUAGAGACUAGCUUAGAGCCCAGUUCAGAUGUACAAAAUGGCCUUUGUGAACAUGAAAUAUGA